CACCACGAGGCGCUGUCUACGAGUCGGGUUGUUUGGGAAUGCAGCCCCAAGCGGGCGGGGAAGGCCGGCCAAGGCGAAAGACGGGCGAGAGACCGAGAGCGAACAAGGACCGCGAGGGAAAGAGGAAAAGGACGGGGAAAAGAGAGGCAAAGAGGGCGGGAAAGGGGCGGGAGGGAAGCGGAGGGAGACCGGCGAGGCGCCCCGGGAGGAGGGGGAACGGGGAGAGCCGGGCCGCCGAGCGACGCGGGGCGCGGACCAGCGAGGAGGCGGGGGGCGGCCAAAGCCCGGGCCGGGGAGACGCCCGCGGAACGGCGGCGCGGGAGCGGGGGAAGCAGCGCGCGCCCCGGGCGGGCCGCGGCACCGGCGCGCGCCGGGCGCGGGCCGGGGGCGCGCCAGGCGACCCGGCGGGAAACACGGACCAAGGAGGCGGACAGGGGGGCGAGGCAACGGGCGAGGAAACCCGGAAGGCGCAAGGAAGCGGAGGGGCGGGAGCCCCGCACGGGGGGGCACCGCCGACCGACCGGGAGCGGCGGAGAAGGGGGCGAGGGCGAGCAGACCGGGCGGGACCCGAAAGAGGGGGAACGAGGCCGGAGCGGGGCGAAGCCAGAGGAAACGCGGGGGGAGGCCCGCAGCGAGACGGACGGGCAAAGCGGGCGGCGGACGGGGGGAGAGGGGCGAAAGACGAAGCGAACCGGCGAGGAGCGGGGGCCCGCCGAAGGGGCCCGCAGGAGAGCGGGAGCGGGCGCGAGAGGGCGAGCGGGGAAAGCCAAGGAGGAGAGGCAGCGGGGGCGGAACGCCCGCGACCGAGGCGCAAACGGGAAAGAGGGAGGACGGCGCGGCGGCGGCGGGGAGCCGCGCCACGGAAGCAACAGCGCCAAGGGGGCCAGGGGGGGAAGCAGAACGGGCGAGGCGGGAGGAACCGGAAGCCGGGGGACGGGGCCCAACGGCGCGCGAACCGAGAGCCCACAAAGGGGGGGGGCGAGGAAGACAGCAGGACGGGGGGCAGGGAAGGCGAAAGCCGCGAAGGAGGGGGGAACAACGCACCGGCCGAAGCAACGAGCCCCGAAAAGGGAGGGCGCGGAAGCGCGCGACCGAGACCCGGCCGGCGGGGCAAGAGCGAGGCCCCGAGGAGGAGGAGGGCGCGGCGGGCGCGGCCAAAACCGGGGGCGCGAGCCCGGGCGGAGCGGCCGGCGGGGCAGAGCGGGGGGGGAGGAGCAAAGAGGCAAAGGAGAACGGGGAAGGCCGAAGAGGGGAAAGGGGCCAGGGGAACGGCACGGGCACAGGGGGAGGCGAGCCGAAGGGGCGGGGGAAGCCCGACAGACAGCGCGGGGGCGCCGGGCGCCGAAAGGGAAGCGGCGGGAAAAGGCCGGAACCGGGACGGGGCGGGGGACGCAACGGGAGGGAGGCCGGAGACGGCGGCGGGGCCGCGGGAAGAGGGAGCGGGGCGGGGGAACAGCCGGCCCACCCGGGAAACGGCGCAGCCGGAGGGAGGGGCCAGCGGCGGGAAGAGCACCGACACGGCGCGGGGGGGCCGGGGCGCCCCCGGCGGCCCGGGAAAAGCCGGAGGACCGAGGGCCGGCCACGCCCGGGCGGACGCAGAACCGCAGCAGGGCGCCAAGGGGAACAGCCGCGGGCCAAGGGAACAAGGGAGGCAAGGGAAGGCGGCAAAAGGGAGCCGGAACGGCGGGAAAAGGAGGGCGCGGAGG